CUGGGCUCCUCGGGUAGCUCGGUCGGGGUCACCGCGCCGGCCUGCGGCGCUCAGAGAGGUUCCCCCAGCCCGCUGCCCUCACUCGGCUCCUCAUGUGGGCGAAAUGAAUGCAGAAGGGGGGUGGCUUGCUCUCUGCUUUGGUGAAAAGAUCAAGAGGCGACAGUCAAGAUCAGAUGGGAAAAGAAUACAAACUCAGUUUUGCAUGAAAGUCUGAUAACUGUGAUCGAGAAACAAUUUCAUCACUUGCCUUCUGAUAUCUUUUGCAAUAAAACUGCUUUCUGGUGCCUGCCAUUUUCUGUUAAAUCUGCACACAAAGACUGCUGAAGGACUGCAGUAAACUGAACCUGUGCAUUUGUAUUCUUUGAGAAAGGCAGAAGACAGUUUGAACCAUGGCAAGCCAGGCGUUUUCCCCAGAGGCUGCUUUCCCUCAUGGGAGGCGGAGGGAGAAAUGGGACCCCAGGCUUCUUUCAAGGGCAAGGACUUAAUGGUGAAAAAAAGAGAAUGUCUCCAGGCCUACAGCUGGUGGAGAACACCACAGAAGAAACGGAAGAAAAAGAACAAAAUAAAACCAGGAAGAAUAGAGUUUGUCCCCAGUAGUACUAAUGCAGCCAGACCAGAUUAUUCGAUAUUUGUUGGGGAGCUUACUCCAGAAGUGGAUGAUUUCCAGCUCUAUGACUAUUUCCUGAAGAGGUACCCCUCAUGUAUUGACUGCAAAAUAGCAACAGACCUGCUGGGAUAUUCCAGAGGGUAUGCCUUUGUCAGAUUUGGUGAGCAAGGUGAUCAGAUGAGGGCACUGCAAGACUGCCAGAAUGCACCAGGUCUGGGGGGAAAACGAAUCCGGCUGAGCAUAGGAAUUUCUAAAAGACUGAAAGCAGAAUUCCAGCGGUACCAGUCAUACAACUAUAAUGAUUAUUACCAGGAUUAUCAGAACUACUACUCGCAGUGGGGUUAUGAUCCUUAUGCUGACUACAACUACAGCUCCUAUGCUCCCUAUGAUAGCAUGCAAGCUGUUGGAGACUGCUCUUUAGGAGAUGCUGUUAUGGCUCCAGCUGUUUUUGAGGAAACUUCAGCUAUGACUGAAAUAAAUGAUGACCUAAUAACUGAAGAUCCACAGCUUUACUUGGAUGUUGAUGAAAUGAACAGACAAUUUAUGGAGACAAGUGAAGAACUCUAUGAUUCCCUCAUGAAUUGUCACUGGCAACCUCUGGAUACGGUCACUUCUGACAUCCCCCCUGCUAUUUAAGUGUCUUAUAUAGCAUGACCGUUAUGACCAAGGUGCUAAAAUUACAUUUCUUCUACAUUACUCUAGAUCAUAAGUUUUAAAGCACAAUGAUAGGUUGGGUUUUUUUGCUAUGCUUUUGACAGUUUCUGUAAUUUUUUUUUGUUCAUCACUCUACUUGGAGCAUCUUGAAAUCAUGUAAAUAUUCUAGAAAUGUAAAGAGUUCAAUGGGGUCUAAAGUUAGACUUGCCUGUGUAAAUAAAAUUUUGUUUCUGCAAACCUGCCAGCAAGGGAUUUUACUUAUAUAUGUGAAGCGCAUUCUCUUCUGGCUUGUGGAAUUUAGCUGGAGGCAGUAGGGGUAUUUCACCUGUUUUUGUUUCAGUAUGGGCAUCAGAACACUAGCAAAAACUAGCUCUCUUGUAUUUCCAGGUUACCUAGGCAAUCUUUUACAAGCUCUUAACAUGCUUAACAACAUCUAAGCAUGCUUGCUUAGAUAAUGUGUGUAUUUGGGAGACAUCCCAGAGUUUGCUAUGGGAACACUUGAGCCCACUCUUUUCCUGCAGUCUCUUGGCACUAACUGUACUACUGUUCAUCUGCUAGGUCAGUUAGAAUUGCUUUACUAAUACAGUGUUUUAAAUAAUCCAGAAGGGCAGACUUUCAGAUGCCAUAGAUGCAAACAUUCCAAAGACUAAGGAUAAUCCCUAUGGACGUUUUUACUCCUGUUUUUAUUGUUAGUCUUUUCAACUGACACUUUCCAGCAAAGAAACUGGUGUAACAUUAUACAUGUUCUUAAACCUACAAGUCUUUGAAGAAAAUAGCUUUCUGGUUUAAAAGAGGAAAAAGAAUCCAUUGGGAAUAAUAAAAAAAAAAAUCCUUAUCUUAGUAACAACUCAACUAAGUUGCCCCCUGUCUUAAACAUCUCUGAUUUAUUCAGGCUUCAUGCUCAGGAGUUUUAUAGUGAUAAAGUUAUAAAAUUUUAGUAGGAUGACAGUUUUCAGUAUUCAAAUCAAAGGAGAUUAGGGGAGAUAGCAACGAGGAAGGUUCUGCUUUAAGCUAGCAACUUCUGAGUGGCUUCCUCUAAACUCUUCUUAGCUUGAAGGGUAUAAAGUAUUUUUCCAGUCAUAGGGACUACUUAAGCCCAUGUGUAUGCAAAAGUAUUUACUAAUUAACAUAACAAUAAAAUAGGUUAGGCUGGCAACAGAAGAAUACUCUUCCAAGAAAAAAAGGUAGCAGAAAUCAUUAUAGCUAAUAGUUGUGGAAGUUACUCAAUCUAGCCAAGACACUUUGGUGCUGCCAUGUGUGUUCUGGGGGCAAUCUAAACCAUAAUUGCUAUGAUGGCAGAUGGGAAUAAAGUUCUCUGGCCUUCUUAUCACUUAAUGUAACUAAAGUGGGAAUCAUAACCUGUAUGCUGUGCUUAAAUUUAAAACAAAUACUGUAUUGCAGAGUGAUGACUUGGUGUUGGCAGGUCAUUUCUAGCUGCUGAGCAGAAUCUCACUCUUUGCAAUUUGAUUUCAGCUAGGAAUACUUUAAGUCCUGCCUGUGAAAUGCAGAUGCUCUAAAACAGAAAAAGCUUUUGGAGUAUUUUAGGGAGUUCAUUCUUCAGGGAUUUAGUGCAGAUGUACAUGUAGGAAGAGACCGAAAGCAAAAAAAACCUCGUCUAGGCAGGGGGAGUAAUACCACAGUUUUAGCAACUGUUUUCCCUGCUUUGAGGAGAUGUAGUUACAGGGUAGCUGGGAACAGAUUACUUGAGUGAAUUGGUGAGUCUCUGGAGGGUGAUGGUAGGGAGAUUAUUAUCAGGAAUGUGACAGAAGGUGGAAUAAAUGAAGCAAAGAUUCUGGGUGGCAAAGGGGGUGAUUGUGUGAAUGUGUAGAACUGUUUCAGGGGACUGCAGUAGGGAGGAAACUCAAGAUAGUAGAUGCAGGCCCCUUGAAUUUAGACAGUGUUAAAACUUCAAAACCAUACAGGGUUUGUAUACCACUUCAGUUGUAGUGCAUAGCUGUGGUGCUUGAGCUUGGUGGUACGCACUGCUCUGCUAAGCUAAGGAUUUUGUAUUUAGCAAGCACCGUUGCCACAAGCAGCAAGACGGCUUCUAGGUCUGUGCCUGGGUUAUAUCCCACUUUGAAGCGGCUUGCAUAGCAUCACCUAGCACUGUACUGCUUCAGCAAGUAAUUGGUGGACCCUUUAACUGCCUUAUGAGUUAAAAAUACGAUGCUAAGGAUGUGUGUUUGGUUCAGCAGAAAUACUGUGGAGUGUGUGCUGCUGUGUGGCACUUGGAAGGUUGAUUGUGUGAGCUAUGUAAUGAGGGGCCCACGUAGAUGUGUGAUUUCACUUAGUCUGACGCUGUACCGCCACAGUACAUAAACCUCUAAAAAAGUCACAGUUUGUAACCACCCCAUUUAUGCAGAUUUUGCCUGUUAACAAGGUCUCUACACUCAGCAUUAGAGGCUGUUCUCAUACAUGCAUGCGCCUUCUGUUCUGGACUGUAAAGUACCCAUAUACUGAAAAUACAGUGGAAGAGGUUGGUUGGGCCAUUAGUUCCCCAAACCUGAGAAAUGUUGGGGCUGUGUUUUCUUCCAGACAACAUAAAAGAAAAAUGAGGUGAGGAAGUGAGUCUGUUGAUAGCAGCCCAUGUGAUACUGUCCUAAAACAACUGUCUGACCUCUUUUUGUGUUUCCUUGAGCCUUACUAGUCAAUUCCUCUUUCCAGUUAGGAGUGCAUACAUGGGAUCAAGAUGGUGUGUGCGUUGCACAUUCUUUACUGUGAAGGCAUACUGAAUGCAAACUUCCUGUACUGGUGUGUUAACCAGUGAACCUUGAACACAGGAAAAAGGGAGUGCAUCAGAACUGUUAGAACAAUGCAUUGCUGAAACUUUUUAUUGACUAAACUUACAGCUGUUCUACAACUACCCACCUGCAUUAGUUAGCUUAUGCAAAGACCUGAAUAUGUCAUACAGUUCUACAAAGCUCUGUUUGCAGUGGAAGCAUUAAAAAAAGAAAAAAAAAAUUAUUAGAAGUUAACUUUUUCAACACCACACUUUCACUUCUUCCAGUUGUGUUUUGUCUCUACUGAUCUGAAACGUGGUUGGUUGGGAUUUUUUUGUUUUUAAGCUUGAUGAAGGUUUUUCUUGUAAGACUAUCUAGUAUUGGUUUUAUAAACUCUUAAUUGCACCUAGCUGCAAUAGAUAGUGCCUUUACUCAAAACCCGCUAAUUUCUUCAAGAAAAGUUUUGUUUCUAUCGCUUUUCUGAACAGAAAGGCUUUAGUAGAUUGUUUGAGGGGCUACUAAUCCUGCAGUCAGUGAACAGGGAGAAAGAAACAGGCCAAAAAGGGUAAAGAAUACUUAAAAGGGUACAAAGAAGUUAAAUGGUACUUAAGCCAUGAAUGUUUCUUUUUGCAGGGAUGCUCUUGGACCAACAGCUUCUUUCUAGCGCUACCUCAAAGUAACUUGCAGAUAUAACUCACAGGGAAGAUUGAUCAAAUGGUGAUGAUCCCUAUCAUUCUGCUGGAUAUAUAUAUAUAUAUAUAUUUGCCUUUUGUUUUGUCUCAUUUCUAAUAACAUUUAUUUAACUUCAGUGACUCAUGUCAGUAGAUAUUGUUUGACUACAUUGACAAGUAUUUGAGUCAUGAGUGUCAUUAAAGGCAUGUUACCAUAUGGAAAUUGUUCUAAGUAAGUAAAAUGGAAGUAAAAUAAGUAAAUAAAGCAGCACUUGACUUUGCAGAGCAAA